UGCAGCACCUGGGAUCCACAGUGGGGGUCGCUAUACCUGCACAAGUUGGCACACCUGGAUCUGCAGCUGUACCAGGACUUCUACUCCGUCUGGGUCUUUCUGAUGGUUUGUAACUCUCUGAUGCUGGUGCUUGGUGUCGUCCUCAACAUUCUGGCUCUCUGGGUUUUCUGCGGGACCUCCACUCGUUCCUCGGCCUCGGUGGUUUACACCAUGAACCUGGCGGUCGCUGACCUGCUGGUGGCGCUGUCGCUGCCCGCCCGCAUAGCCCUGUACCACAGCGGUGGCAGCUGUGUGGCCUGCGCCUACGUCCACACCUUCAGCUACUUCGUCAACAUGUACUGCAGCAUCCUGUUUCUCACCAGUAUCUGCGUAGACCGCUACCUUGCGGUCGUCCACGCCGCCAGCACUCUGCAUCGAUGGAGGACAACGGGAGCAGCCAAGUGCAUCAGCGCUGUCGUGUGGUUCAUUGCAGUUGUGGUCACCUACUCUUUUCAGACCACCGCGUUAAAUGUCAGCCUCUCCUGUACGCACCUCCCCACCCACUUCUACCUCACGAUUCUGGAGUUCCUCCUCCCCAUGUUGGCCGUGGUGGGGUUCACCCUCCGCGUCGCCUGCUUCCUCUCCUCCAGCCACGGGCCGAUGCCUCAGCACAGCAGAGCCAGGAGGACUCGCGCCGUCAGGCUUCUGGCCGCCGUCCUGAUGGUUUUCACCAUCUGCUUCACGCCGUUCCACCUCCGUCAGGCGCUCGUCUACAUCCAGGUAAGGCUGGCGGGAGGUGGCGACGGGCAGAUCGGGGCGGGCCACGUUCUGGCCUAUCACAUCACAGUGAGCCUGAGCAGCCUCAACAGCUGCCUGGAUCCGGUGGUGUACUGCUUCGUGACGGACAGCUUCAGGACGAUGUGGAGGACCAGGAGGAGGAGGAGGAGGAGGACGAAGGGAGAGGGAGAUGAGGAGGCGAAAAUUUCAAGCGGCGGAGAAGGGGUGCAGACUUCGUUCCAGAAAUGUCCGGGUACGGCCCUGGCGAUAGCUCAGAGCGUGGCUACGCUCACCCUCAGCAGCACCGUGAUCUCUGCCGUCACCGUGGAGCAGCCGGCCUAGAAAGGAGGCUCAUCACUCUCCCAAGUAAACACCAGCGUCAAGUCCAGUUAGAAGUGACAAGUUCACCGCGUUAAAGCAGAAUAAACAGAGCACUCUGACCGCUUUAGUGAUUUUAGGUGUUCAUAGCGUCGCUGUGUAGAUCAAAAAUGGCUUUUAAAACCAUCU